AUGCAUGGCACAAAAUCUGAAUAUACUCGUCAUGUGAAAAUUGAGAUGCUAAAUCGUCGUGAGUAUGAAUCUUUGUUAAACAGUGGCAAAGUGAAUCUGAUGGAUGAUAGUUAUGAAGUUAAUGAAUUUCUUCCUGCGCCAAAAGUUUUGAUCUGUGGCCGGUGUAACCGUCCAGGGCACACAAAGAAAUACUGUCAAAGUUCAGCCUUUGAUAUUUGUCGAAGGUGCGGUGGCGAUCGUACUAACAUUCAAGCACAUAAAAGUUGUAUUGUCAAAUGUCAUCACUGCGGUGGUGAACAUGAAGCAACAAGUUACAAAUGUCCUUUGAUAUCUGAUUUUCGCCGUGAAUUAAUUAAACAGCUGAAAAAUCAUCCUGAAAGACUCCCGCCUCAAGUUCAGUUGUUUAUUCCCUCGGAUUACAGAAAUAAAAAAGACGGAGCACGAACAAUUUUUAGUAGUAGACAAUAUGACAGUGGACCCUAUCAAAAAUCUGUUAAUCAAAAUUAUUAUGAUAGAAAUGAUUCUCAAGCUCGGCCGAGUGUAGCUCCAGCAAUAACCACAGAUACCACUUCAGCCUCCAUUCAGUCUGAAUUAAAUGAAAAAAUCAAGUCCCUGGCUAAAAGGUUAGAAGAUGUGGAAAAAAGUCACGCAGCUGAAAAAGAAAUAAUUAAUUUAAAGUACAAAAGUCAUAUUGCUGCAAUUAAUCAAGCAUGGCUUUUAAUGGAACAGGGAUAUGAAAUUCAGCGAAAGAUGAUUUCAAAAACAAAUGUAGCAGUUAGUGAAAUAAUGUUUGACACCGGUCUAUUAGUAACUGAAGAUAUUUAUACAACAGUAAAGAACAUUAAAACCGCUUUGGGCUCAACUGAAUUUGAUCAAACUAUUCAGUAG